AUGACUUGCCCAUCGGCGACACCGACGCUCGACAUCGAUCUGCUCACUUUAGCGCUGGACCAGGCCCGAGCGAUGGUACCAGAGGUUAGCAAUGGCGGCACCACUCUCUAUACUGCUACGACAGAUGUCGUCAACAGAAUACGGCCUGUCUGCCAACCACACCUCCUGCUAGAUGUGCUCCACUUCAUCGAGCUCGCCACAUUCGAGUUCCAGAGUGACCCGUCGCUUCACGGCAAACUUGUCGAGCUGAUCAAUAGGCACAGGCAAGGACGCCUGGAUCUGGAGCAGACAAUCCUCGAAGUUGUUAGAACACGUCCACGGUCUCUGGACCUUCUGACCUUCUUGACGCCCUUCCUUCCGCGCGGUUGGUUGAUCAUGUUGAAGGUGAAUCCUAGCAAAGAUUACCAGCAUGAUGCUCUGGCAAUAAAGGCUAUAGGAAGGUCAGUAUGCAUUAUUGAAGUUGACCCUCCUGUGCGCCCGAAGCCGUUUGUUAAGGGGGAGUUCUUCGGUCAAAUGCUGCACCUGUAG